GCUCUAGACCCUCCCGGGACGUCCCAAGACGUGCCUGUAAUGCUCAACCUUCGCACUAAGACUUGUUUGCCGGGCGCCAGCAGAGCAUCUGGUCUUUUGAAACUUUUCCUAUUCUCCUUUCUCUUGUCGGGCCUGUGGACGCUGGUUCUGGCCGCUUUGAUUUCCUUGCAACACAAGCCUGCACCCCUCCCUUUGCAGCUGCCAGACUGUGCCGCACCAAUACAUCCAUCCAACAAGUAAACGAGAGGUCACCAACUCUUGCAAUAGCCAAGUGCAUCUGAAUAGCGUUUGGAAGGCUCCUCGUUUGUUUGGUGCACUGCCCUCUCUCCCCCCCUCCGUGUCCACAGGCAGGUUGAGCUCAGGUUGUUUAUCCGGAUGUGAGCGACAGCAACGACCAAAACCACGACACUCGGGUCCGGAUUCUACAGUACCUCCUUCUACAUUUUACUUUGGCUGCCCUGCCGAGGUCUCUUCCCUCUUCCCUCAACCUCAACAACACUUCAGCUUCAUCAAAGCGAGGUCAAUCCAACACACCUCCUCUCUCACACCCUCCAUCAACCCUGUUUUCUUUCCUCCACAAUUGUUCCUCUACCCAUUUCUCUAUCAGCCUUCUCCUUCCACACCCACUUCCUUUGUGACCGCCCAUCGUUGCCAUCAGGUGAGGUCAGACAACGUCAACAUGGGCAGCCUCAAGCCCAAGACGGGCGUUUCCCAGAAUUCGCGCCCCCGUCCAGUCAGGCAGACCAAGCAGCCUGUCGCCACCGUGUCUGAGGUGGACGGAGUCGACGACAAGUACGACGUGGAUGACCUCGACCUUCAGGAGGAUAUCGAGCACGGCGUUGCCCACCCCGUCAGCGCAAUGGCCGAGCUAGAGGAACGCGUCAACGACCUAGACAACGUCUGGGAGUCCGAGUCCCUGCUUGGCGACAUGCUUGAGGGCCUUUCUGAUGAGAAUGUAACUAACGACCCCGAGUUCUGCACUCCAGAGGAGGCGGUUAGUUACCGCCAACUCCUUCGCACCUUGGGUCCCGAAGAGCUCAUCAACCGCACAAUCAACGCCGGCCUCAUCACUGCCAAGAAGCUUCUAAGUGCGUUUGAUGUGCGCCCGCCUAACCUUGAGGGCGCCUCCGACUCCAUCUACUUUGACCUGUUGAUACUUGCCUUCAGCCGUGAGCUCUCCAAGAGGGCCAAGCUGCAGCAGUACAACUCUGUCGAUGAUGCUGUUGCCCUUCUCAAGAAGUCAAAGAACAUCAUCGUCCUGACCGGCGCUGGCAUUUCUACCUCGCUGGGCAUUCCAGACUUCCGUUCCAAGGGCACCGGUCUUUACUCCAAGCUGGAGCACCUCGGCCUGAACGACCCCCAGGAAGUAUUUGACAUCGCCCUCUUCAAGUCAGAUCCGAGCGUGUUCUUCUCCGUGGCGCGAGAUAUCAUGGUCGAGACUGAGCGCUACUCGCCCACCCACGCCUUCAUCGCCCUGCUUCAGCAGCAGGGCAAACUACUCACCAACUACUCUCAAAAUAUCGACAAUCUUGAGUCAAAGGCAGGCAUCGACCCGAGCAAGCUUAUCCAAUGUCACGGCUCCUUCGCAACUGCAACCUGCUUCACCUGCUACCACCAGGUUCCAGGUGACGACAUCCUGCCUGACAUCAAGGCCGGCAAGAUCCCGCGAUGCCCGAAGUGCGGCAUACCGCGCCGCGGCACCAAGAACAGCCGCAAGCGUAAGCUCGCUAAGGACGGCACGAGCGGCCGCCCGCGACGCCGCCCGGGAGACUAUGACAGCGCGAGUGAUUCGGAAUAUGACAUGCCGUCCAAGGGCGGCAUCAUGAAGCCGGACAUCACCUUCUUUGGCGAGGCGCUCCCUGAUGAGUUCUCGAGCCGCCUGGUCGACCACGACCGCGACAAGACGGACCUCGUCGUUGUCAUCGGCACCAGCCUCAAGGUUGCCCCCGUCAGCGAGCUUGUGCCGUUCCUUCACCCGCACAUCCCACAGAUCUACAUCAGCCGCACGCCAGUCAACCACCAUAACUUCGACAUCGACCUCCUUGGCGACUGUGAUGUCGUCGUCGCCGAGCUGUGCCGCCGCGCCGGCUGGGAGCUGAAGCACGAGAUGGUCCCGGAGGACCAGGUCGUCGAGGUUGUCACCGAGUCCGGCUGGAAGAGCAGGCAUAUCUUCGUCGAGAAGCGACCUGCCGGCAACGGCAACGACAACGGUGACAACGAUGUCGCCAGUCCUUCUGGUGGAGAGCCAGCGACGGAGUCAGCGACGGUGGCGGCGAGUGAAAACAAUACUGAAUCUGCUGUCGCAACACCGCGAAGCGGCGAUGACGACAACGCUGAGAAGCCAUCGCGGCCGCGGAGGGGUGGCAGGACCGCCCUGCCCAACAGCAAGACACCCAGCGGCCUCGCCACUCCGGAGGGACCCAGUCUCGCCAACAGGGCCCGCAAGGCCCGCAACACAGACGAUGACGACGCUGACUACAAGGACAACUGAGUAGGCCUGCAGAUCUCUUUUCGAGGCCACUGAGCACUGGAAAGGGAUGCACCACUCCCCAAAACAAGGUUCACGUCUAGAAACGAUGCUAGCGGGCGCCUUUUGUGUCUGGCCGUCAUCAAACCCGUGAGGGUUGGUUGUUCACCGGACCUACGCGGGCUUUGGCCAUCACCCACUCUGUCUGUAUUACAGCCAUGCGGUCCAUCGUCGCCUCUUUACGUACAGUACACUCCGACAGGGGUUUCAAAACUCGGUCAUACAACCAACCAUCUUGUUCCUGCACGCUUGACUGCAAUCUGCGGCAACUUCCGACAAGAGAACUAGUUUUCACAGUGCCCUACGGAGGGGCUCAUCCCACAACAUUGGAAUGCAGAGACGAAGCCAUGUGCGGGCAACAGACGUGACGGGGAUUCCAAUUGCUGGAUUUCCUCCUCUGAUCGGGUAGAAGAGAAGAAAAGGUCACACACUCUCUCUAUCACUUGGAAUUUUCCCCUUGCGCUUUUUCAAUGAACCUACAUCAUCAGGGCGUUUCAGAAAGAAGGGCCGGUUGUUUUCCAUCCCAGUACACACUGAACAAAAAAAAGAGAGACGGUACAUUUUUCUUCCCUUCGCGUAAUCCAUCACAACAAAUACAGCCCAAGGCUUGAUUUCUUACAUGCUUUUAUGCUUUUAUUUUCCCUCGGUACAAAUUCCACCAAAAAUUUCAGGAGCACAGGCGUUCCAGGAGGGCACACAUGACGGCCGCAGUAGGGAGGGUUUGCGAAUGGCGCACGGGGGGGGGGGCAACAACUCGGUGGAUGGCUAGGCAUUUGCCUCGACCAUUCUACCAGAUGGUUAGGAAUACAGACAGAC